GGCAGUCAAAGACGCCGCCGUUUUAAUGACAUUUUCAGAACAGCAGGAAGCACUCACGUACGUCAUGCCAGAGCAUCUAUGAAUGUAUGCAUGCAAAAAAAUUGGGGUACCAUAGGGGGAGGGGCCGGACCAUCAUUACCAUCAUCUUCAUUAGAGAGCAUCCGACGAACCAAUCAGCAUGCCGCCCUGCUCGGGGAUUCCGCCGUCGCCCCGUUGGCUGUCGCUAGGAUACCACCUAAUCAGGAGGCAGGCUGCAGCCUGGUUGGCGGAGUGAGGUGUCGAUGCCGGGACGACGAGCUCGCCGUGCUUUAGGGGGUAGGUGGAGGUGUUGGAGGAAGGGGGGCGCCGCAGGGAGCUGGGUUGAUCUAGCACACUCGCACAAACGCUUUCAGCCAGUCAGUUAGUCAGUCGCUCAGUCAAUCAGUCAGCCAAGCAAGUGCUUGAGGGGAGGCAGACAAAGAAGAGCAUCAUCCUGAAGUAAGACAGCACGCUCCCGGGGGAUGGGGCGCCAUACCCCUGCAUCGCGUUGGGGGGGCCACAGGAGGCACAGGCGGGCCAUUCAGAAAAGCCGGGGGUCAAAGGUGAGAAGAGCAGAGGGCACCAUGAGUGAGCCGGGGGCCCCCACCGCAUCGCCCGCCAUCGCCACCGCAACCACCACCACCACCACCACCACCUCCUCCUCCACAGGCGGCAGCUCUGCAGCUAUCAUCACCACCACAACCACAUCCACCAGCUCCACCACAACCAGCAGCACUAACACAACUACACCGUCUACGACCACAACUGCUUCUGCUAGCAAUACUAAUACCAGCAGCAGCAGCAGUAGUAGUAGUAGUACUAGUAUCAGCACCAGUAGUAGUAGUACUACUGCGGCCAGACAAGCAGUCCCUCAGAUUUCAGUUUACGGCGGGAUACCCGACAGGCAAACUGUGCAGGUGAUCCAGCAAGCGCUCCACAGGCAGCCCAACACGGCGGCGCAGUACCUACAGCAGAUGUACGCGGCCCAGCAGCAGCAUCUCAUGUUACAGACCGCAGCACUGCAACAGCAACACAGCCUCAGCACGGCUCAGCUGCAGAGCCUUGCUGCCGUGCAGCAGGCCAGUAUCGCAGCUGGUCGCCAGAACUCCCAGAAUGGCACAACAUCUCAACAAACAGGAUCGACUCAAACCACAAUCAACCUCACCGCCUCGCCGGCGGCUGCACAGCUGAUCAGCCGUGCCCAGAGCAUCACGUCGGCUCCCACCAGUAUUUCCCAACAGGCUGUUCUGCUGGGCAGCCCGUCUAGUCCCACCCUCACUGCCAGCCAGGCGCAGAUGUACCUGCGUGCACAGAUGGCCCAGCAGAGCAACGUUUUCCAGGCGCAGCAGAGCAAUCUGGUGCAAGUGGCCAGGAGUUUGGGCCGAGCCGUCCCCCUGUCGCCGCAGUUGAUCUUCACACCGACGGCCACCGUGACGGCGAUGCAGUCCGACAGCUCAGCGCAGAAUCAGGUCCAAAAUCUGGCCAUACGUAGCCAGCAGGGAGCGACCACGUCCACUUCGCAGACUCAGACCCUUCAGGCUCUCAGUUUAAAGCACAGCCCUGUGCCCAUCCAGCCUGCCUCGCUUGUCAAGAACCCCAGCCAGGGCAUGCAAGCAUCUGCGGGAAUCAAGUCUGGCUCAUCCGAGAGCCCCUCGGAGGCAGGAAAGAAGGGGGAUGCCGCAGUAGUUACGGAGGCCCGGGCUAUUAAUAUGAGCCGCAAUGUCACGACAGUCACUGCGCAGCCGCUCAUCGCACCAGCCUUCACGCAGAUUCAACCCCACUCACUGGUACAACACAAGCAGCAGCAGUUUGUGGUCCAUCACAGCCAAAGUUCCCAGAGGACCCCCGGGCAGUUGCUACAGACAGCGUCCAUUCAGCCAUCGCCACACCCCAUCCCCGUGCUGCCCAAGCCAGCGCCACACCAGAACGCCGCUCCCGGGCAGCAUGCCACCAUCUUCCACUCCACCAUCAGCCCCCACACACUCCAGCCCGCCGCCUCAUCAACCUCUUCUUCCACAUUGACGAGUCAGGCCAAAGCUCAGCCUGUGCAGCUCACAGCUAUAAACCUACAAAUACAUCCCACGGCCUCUCGAACACUGGUUCAGGAGUGUAAAGAUAAGCCAACAUCACUCGUGGUGAGAGAGACGUGUGCCGCCUCCACCCCGCAGCAGCAGCCACAACAGCAACAACAACAACAAAAGCAGUCACCGCCAGCACCACCACAGCAGCAAAGUACGCCAUCUCAACCCAGGAAGCCUGUAGAGCAUGCCAAAGCUGACACUGUGCCGCAAAGUCAACCACAAGGAGGAGGUGCGACCAAGAGGCCAGUGCCUGCGCCUGGGAGCCCGCCACCACCCAUGACCUCUGGAAAUGACAGCGAGGUGCCAGGCGUGACGGCUGUUGCGCCGCACAACGGAGAGAGCAAGCCGCCCCAGGCCAUCGUCAAGCCACAGGUCCUCACGCAUGUUAUCGAGGGCUUCGUCAUCCAGGAGGGUGCAGAGCCGUUCCCCGUGUGUGUGGAACGUCUCCCCAUCCUCAUCAACAGCCCCAAAAAACUGGACAGUCAGCUCUCCUCUGACCCGGACAAAACUCCUGUCAGCAAUGCGGCAAACUCCGACUCUGAGCUCGAAGACUUGACUCAGACAGAAAAGGAUCAAGAGCCCAAGCUCACGUGCGAAUACUGUGGCUGGGUGGACUUUGCCUACACGUUCAAAGGUUCCAAGCGCUUCUGCUCCAUGGUUUGCGCGAAGAGGUACAAUGUGGGCUGCACAAAGCGCAUCGGCCUGUUUCGUCCAGAGAAAAGCAAACAAGCAAAUCGCUGGCGUCGAAGAAGUCAGGGCCGCCCAAGUAUCGAAGCAAAGAAGCGGAAGAUGUCCCCGUCGCCACAGCAGACCCAGGGCGGCUCAGUGUCUUCACCGCAUCCCUCCCAGCCCAGCCAGGAGGAGUCUAGCCCAUGUUCAGAGAUGUCCAGCUACGAAGAGCCGCCUUCGCCACUGUCAGCAGCCAGUUCAGGACCCCCGGCGCCCCCAGCUCCGCUCCCGCCCCCGGCCCCCGUUCCAGUCCAGCGGCAGCCGAGCAGGGCGUCGUCGGAGCCGGAGGCCCUGGCUGGCAGAGACGCCUCAGCCGCUUUGUGUCAGCCUUUCUUACCCAACGACCCCACCAAGUGGAACGUGGAAGAAGUGUAUGAGUUCAUCUGUUCGUUACCAGGCUGUCAGGAGAUCGCUGAUGAGUUCCGCUCACAAGAGAUCGACGGCCAAGCUUUGCUCCUGUUGAAGGAAGAUCACCUGAUGAGCACAAUGAACAUCAAACUGGGGCCGGCGCUCAAGAUCUUUGCACGCAUCAACAUGCUCAAAGACUCGUAGCAAAGGAUGCGUGCGUGUGUGCAUGUCUCGGACUGGGUUAUGACCUCCCCAUCUCAUCUUCACGGGCUCCUGAACUUAAUGGCGGCGUCACCAUCUGACUGAGGAACAUGCUUUUGUCUCCAUAAUGGCUUACAUACGAAUAACCGACUGAGAUUAGAAGUCUGUUUAAGCUUUAAGCAAGAGAAAGAUUCUCUGGUGGAUUCAGAUGUGCAAGUUCAUCUCUAUCAAUUGGAAUAUUAUCGAAAAAUUAAUUGAAAUUACUUUUCAAUUCCAAAAGUGGAAGUCAUUAAACAUAUAGGAAACUGCUUUUCAGAAGGCCAAUUUCAAUUUAAUUUAUGUAUUAAAAAUCAUUUUGAUUGUUCUUCCUGAGAGGGCAAAUUUCGGGUUUGUUAGUUUAUAAUCAUCAAACAUAAAAUCCUGAAAUAUUUCACUCUGUCAUGAAAAAAUAUAACAUCACCUGGACUUCUUAAUUUGAGCUACUGAACUACAAAAAGUUGGCCACAAUAUUAUAAUUUAUUGAGAUGGGCCUGGAAAUGUUAGCGAAAAAUAACAAUGAAGGGCUGAGGGAGUCAAAUUAGCACUGCCAUGAAGUGUUUUUUUUUUUUGUUUGUUUUUUAAAUAAAAUUUUAUAAGACAAGGUUUUGUAGUUUUGUUAGCCUAGGAAAAGGCAAAACAAGCAGUUUUGUGUCUAGGAACAGAAGAUUGUAUUCAUGAUCAGCAGGAAUGAUGCUGCCAAGUGUUCCCGCGCAGUUAUGUUCUUUUGUUUCACUAACAUGGCACUUAACGUUUUCUUUGUAUUGCCUUCGCCCUAAACAUGAACUGUGGAGUUGUCAUGUUAUUUGUAAAUGGCAGCCAGACUGACUGAAUCCGUGCAUAUAAUUUAACCUUAUUUGAGAACAGAAAUUAUGUUAAAUAUUUUUGGAAAUAUGCAAGUGUAUUAAAACAAAACACAUUUGAGUUUUUCCUCAUUGCUUUUGUAAAUUAUGUCAUCUGUGUGUGAUUCGUGGCCGUGGAGGACUGUUGUUGGCCUUUUUUUUUUUAAACGCUUGUGUUUAACGGCACCGUUUGGUACGCAUCUUUUUGCAGCUAUAAAUGAUUUCACCUUCA